AUGGCGUUAGGGUCCUAUAGAGGACCUUCGAAGACAUUGACACUGACACAAGGACCAACAGAGUUCGAGAUUCUCAAGGCAUCGCACAAAUUCCUUCGCGAAGACGAGAACGACGAGAAGGAUUCAUCAUGGGAGGACAAGCUGGCGUCGAAGUACUACUCAAAUCUAUACCGCGAGUUUGCCGUGUGCGAUCUGAAGCAUUACAAGUCUGGAAAUUUUGCUUUACGAUGGAGGACUGAAGAAGAAGUGCUAUCUGGGGCAGGGGAGACAACAUGCGGCAACACGCGUUGUGUGCAUCACAGCGCCAGUGGCGACGACAGGCCUUCCCUGACGACAUUAGAGCUCCCAUUCACAUAUCAGGAGCACGGAGAGACCAAAUCUGCAUUGGUAAAGGCCGUUCUGUGUAAGAAGUGUUUGGACAAGAUCAUGUGGAAACGAAGGAAGGAGAGGUCAGGGGAUUCAGAGGACAAGUCGCAGCGGCGAAGCGACGACAAGAAAUACAGGCGCAAGCACCACCGCGACCGUGAUGUAAAUGAAGACAGCCGGCGACAGCGUCAACGUAGUUCGCGUUCUCUUUCUCCUACGAGGCGUAAUCCAACAUGA